AUGCUUCCAGCCGAGAGUGUUGCAAGCACCCCGCAGCUGACACGCAAGAUUUCCAGGAGGUCGAUCUCUAAGCAUUCGCAGCCUUUUAAGGAUGACCCGGAUGCGCUGGAGUGGCUUCGACGCAAAUUGAACCCGGAAUGGGAGAUCGAUGUUCGCGGAGAGCUCGACGACGGCGACGAUGGAAUUGAGGAACUUUUAAAAGGAUUGCGGGCCAGUAAGGGAAUAAACACUUUACAGGAAUAUCGGUUUCUUAGUACAUUGAAUCCGCAGCUCGAAAAGUUUGAUUACCAAGUCAAUUAUGAGAAGUUUGCUAACUUUCAGUCGGAAAUAAAAAACACCAGAACAUAUCUCAAGCCUUUAUUCGACUACCUCCAGAAUUUUGAGCGCAACAUCAACAAGCUAUCGCAGGAAAUGGAAUUUCUCCAAAAACGAUCUGACGUGCUUAACUCGCAGAUAAAAAGCAAGCAGGAGCUAGACACAAGGUUAACUCCGGUCAUUAACGAUCUAAUUAUCCCUCCCUCCAUAAUAAACUCCAUAAUAGACGACAAGAUAGACGAAAAGUGGAUUGAAAACAUAACGUUCCUAACGGAGAAGAGGGAAAUCUACUCCAAGUACUCUUCCGAAAAUCAGCCAAAGUGUCUUCCAGAGCUCGUACAACUGUUGGAUCUUAUGGAGCUGAAAGUUGUGGAACGAAUUAGAGACUACCUCAUCAAGCAAAUCAAGACCCUGAGAAAACAAACAGUUUCAUCGCAGGUGGUUCAGAGCGAGAUGCUCGAGGUGAAGGAGAUAUUCACCUUUCUGCAGGAAAAGAAUCUCAAAUUGAGUAACGAUCUUUGUCAGGCAUACUGUCAUACUAUGCGUUGGUACUACUAUCAAAAUUUUGUCAAAUACACUUCGUCAUUGGAAAGACUGAGAAUACACAGGGUUGAAAAGAACAUCUUGCUUGGGUCCCUCGAUGAGGAGGGAGGCCCUUCUGGGGCCGGAUCAUUUUUUGGAUACUCUAACCAAAAACACGAAAUCACUCCUAGCGAGUAUUUGAUUGCUUUGACAAAAAGACUUGAGUCUUUGGGCAAGUUUGAUGAAACGGUCAUGCCCGCUCAGAUAGCCGAGACUAACAACGCAAAAUACUGGCUUGAAACUGCGUUCAGAAAUUUCAAUGUUGCACUUUUAGACAACGUCUGUGUUGAGUACCUAUUUAUGAACGAAUUCUUCAAUCUGACCAAGAGUGAGCAAUUAGAUGAGAUCUUCAAGACGAUAUUCAACCCGGUGUAUCAAAUCGGACACAGUUUCACCAAACAUCUUAUUUCUAACACCUACGACUACUUUGGGGUGCUCAUAGCUAUUCGUCUUACUCAACAGCUGGAAUACGAAUUGCAGCAUCGGCGCAUACCAGUGAUGGAAGACUACCUGAACUAUCAGCUGAUUAUUCUAUGGCCAAGAUUCCAAAAUCUGAUGGAUCAAAACUGUAUGAAUAUCAAGAAAAGCGUAUCGUCCACUGUGAUACUCAAGAGCAUCAAUAAGAAUACCAUGAUUCCGCUAGGCCUAACGCAGAACUUUGGGCGUGUACUGCUCAACUUGCUUAGCCUUUCUCAAAAUCUGAUAGAGCAGGAGACGUCGGAACCGCUAACAAACUCCAUUGUCCGACUUCGAAACGAGUUCGAAAGCACAUUAAUGAAGAUGAGCUCUACACUAGAUCCGAAAAAGAGAGAAUUAUUUCUCUACAGCAACUUCUCGCUUGUCUUCACUAUUCUGAGCGAAUUGGAAGAAUCCAAUAAACCUGGAAUGGACGAAGUGGCGCACUUUCAAAAUCUGGUAGACGCGUACGCAAAUAGGGAAUAA